AGCCUUGAAAUGUAUGUUUAUUUGAAAUCCUAUUGCUAAGUUGGCUUUUUUUGUUUUGUUUUGUUUUCUGAAGACACCUUUGGAAGAAAAAAUAAUAAAGGCAUAGAAAUAGUUGAAAGCUGUUGAAGGAGGUGAAGCCAUUAUGAGCUCCCAGAGUGCUGCACUUGAGUUGAACAAGGGGUCAGAGCCUGGGCGAGGGAGGACAGAAGGUGAAGACCACAGCACAGCUUGGCUUGAAAACCAGCUCAGUGUGGGCGACUUUGUCAAAAUCCAGAGGGCCUUUGAGCCCCUAGAGCCAGGUCAAACCAUCUGUAUGUCUCGAGAAGAGUUUAUGCAGAGGAUGACAGAGAUUGUUGGUUGGGGCACAAAGGAGGAAUACGGGAAGCUCUUUGACAAAGUGGAUGUGGCCCAGGAUGGCUUCAUUAACUGGGACAAGCUGACUUCAUUUAUGCUGUUAACACUUUAUGAAAACGACGAACGAGCAAAGGCGACUGCGGUUCCCCAGUGGAAAGACCUUAAGUUCCUCCCAGUGAAACACAAGGACACCAUUCAAAAAGUCAUUUUCUUAAAGAAUUCAAGUCGUUAUCUGACCAUCAGUCAGGAAGGUUCAUUAGGAAUCUGGGGAGAGAAUUUAAAGCUGCAAAAAACAUUCCCCAUCACGUCAGAUGCCACCAAGCUUAAACACCUGUGGGUGACAAGUCUGGUUUCUCUGGAAAAUGUAAACAAGAUAGCGGUGGCUUUUACAAGGAAAGAGAUUUGUUUUUAUGAUCUGCUGUCCAAAGAACAAUUUCCUUGUCAAUAUAAACUCCAAGGCCUGAAAGGAACACCAAUUUGCAUGGAUUAUUGGUAUGACCCUCUUGAUGCCAAUGAAUCAAUUCUGUCUUUUGGGGACAUAACUGGAAAGGUUCAAGCCAUUGUUUUCACAACAGCCUUGAUUUCCCUGUUUGAGCGUCCCGCUAGUGCAUGUGAAAAUGAAGAAGCCACUGUGACCAUUAACUGGGCAGAACUGCUCUCUGGAUAUCACAAGUGUUGCUAUACGUUAGAGCACAAACUUCAUCGUGGAGAGUGGGUCAGGCAAGUUACUUACAAUGCCUCUUUAGAUGCCAUCAUUUCCAGCACAACCAACAGUACAAACACUGUGGUGCUGGCUUGGAGAGAAAAACCAAAAAAGCAUCUUCAAAUGACAUCUUUCAACAUUGCCCAGGGCAUUCAUGCUUUUGAUUACCACUCUCGGCUCAAUUUAAUUGCAACUGCUGGCAUUAACAACAAAGUCUGCCUUUGGAACCCCUAUGUGGUCUCCAAGCCAGUUGGUGUUCUCUGGGGUCACUCCGCCAGUGUAAUAGCUGUCCAAUUCUUUGCUGCAAGAAAACAACUUUUCAGCUUCUCCAAAGAUAAA